AUGGAGCGACUUAUUGACAUUGUUCAUGUUCAAGAUACUAGUGCUCCAUCUCUAAAGGAGGCAAUUGUUAAUUUACUUGGUCAACAUUCUUUGAGUCCAUCAAGUGUGCGUGGACAAUGUUAUGAUGGGGCAAGCAAUAUACAAGGUGAGAUCAAUGGCCUUAAAAUGUUGAUUAGUCAAGAAAGUAGAUCGGCUCAUUCCAUCCAUUGUUUUGCUCAUCAACUUCAACUAACUCUUGUUGGGGUCUCUAAAAAGUGUGUUGAAGUGGAAAAACUUGUAGUAUUGGUCUCAAAUAUUUUAAAUGUAUUGGGAUCAUCUUUUAAACAUAUGGAUGAAUUACGUGAUUCUCAAAAAGAAAUAAUUAAAGAGGCAUUAGAUAUGGGUGAAUUUACAACCGGUAGGGGCUUGAAUCAACAACUUGGUCUUUCAAGAGCUUGUGACACUCGUUGGGGAUCUCAUUAUAAAUCCUUUAAUAAUUUUAUUAUUAUGUUUGGCUCUAUUCUUGAUGUUCUUGAAUCACUUGCUUUUGAUGCACGAAAUUUGGAUGAAAGAGCUAAGGCAAUGGGACAUCUCGAAGCUUGUCGAACAUAUGAGGUUGCUUUCAUGUUGCAUUUGAUGAGAGAUGUUUUAGGAAUUACAAAUGAGCUUAAUAAAUGCUUACAAAAAAAGGAGCAAGAUAUUGCAAAUGUCAUGCUACUUGUUGAAGUAGCAAAGAGAAGGUUGCAAGUUUUAAGGGAUGAUGAAUGGGACUCUCUUAUUGCUAAGGUAUCUACAUUUUGUAUCCAACAUGAUGUUUUGAUACCUAACUUUGAUGAGCCAUAUAUUAGCUCUUUAAGAUCACGACGAAAGCUUGAUAACUAUACAAUCUCACAUCAUUAUCGUUUUGAAGUGUUUUGCAAUAUUAUUGAUUGGCAACUUCAAGAACUUAAUAAUCAUUUUGAUGAGAUGACUACCGAUUUGCUCUAUGGAAUUGCUUGCUUGAAUCCAAUUAACUCAUUUUUAAGUUUUGACAUCAAAAAAGUAAUGAAAAUGGCGGAAUUAUAUCCAGAUGACUUUGAUUAA